GGGAGGGCGAGCGAGAGAGUGAGCAGGCUGCAGGCGGGAGGGCGGACGGUACGGAGGGAAGGUGCGAGCGAGCAGUGAGUGAGCCAGCGAGAGCAGUGGUGUCCCGAGGGCAGCCGAGAUUCCACCCGCCUCUCUGGCCCCCUCCCCGGAGCCCCCAGAGCCUCCGGUCUUCAGCGGAGCGGACACGGCCCUGCCUGGCAAUGGCCUCGUUGCUGAAGGUGGAUCAGGAAGUGAAGCUCAAGGUUGAUUCUUUCAGGGAGCGGAUCACAAGUGAGGCAGAAGACUUGGUGGCAAAUUUUUUCCCAAAGAAGUUGUUAGAACUUGAUAGUUUUUUGAAGGAACCGAUCUUAAACAUCCAUGACCUAACUCAGAUCCACUCAGACAUGAAUCUCCCAGUCCCUGACCCCAUUCUUCUCACCAAUAGCCACGAUGGACUGGAUGGUCCCACUUAUAAGAAGCGAAGGUUGGAUGAGUGUGAAGAGGCCUUCCAAGGAACCAAGGUGUUUGUGAUGCCCAACGGGAUGCUGAAAAGCAACCAACAGCUGGUGGACAUUAUUGAGAAAGUGAAACCCGAGAUCCGGCUGCUGAUUGAGAAAUGCAACACGGUCAAAAUGUGGGUACAACUCCUGAUUCCCAGGAUAGAAGAUGGGAACAACUUUGGGGUAUCCAUUCAGGAAGAGACAGUUGCAGAACUAAGGACUGUUGAGAGUGAAGCUGCCUCUUACCUGGACCAGAUUUCUAGAUAUUAUAUUACAAGAGCCAAAUUGGUUUCUAAAAUAGCUAAAUAUCCCCAUGUGGAGGACUAUCGCCGCACCGUGACAGAGAUUGACGAGAAAGAGUAUAUCAGCCUUCGGCUUAUCAUAUCAGAGCUAAGGAAUCAAUACGUCACUCUACAUGACAUGAUACUGAAAAAUAUCGAGAAGAUCAAACGGCCCCGGAGCAGCAAUGCAGAGACACUGUACUGAGGCCAGGGCCAGGGCCAGGGGACUCUGUGAGUCUGGCUCAAGACCGACAUUGCCUUGGUUUGUUACAUGACUAUCGUGAUGGGGAGACUGGCUGGAAGUCGUAAUCACACCGCUCUCUGUUUUUAGUUAGAGUCUAAUGAAACUCUCGUCUAGUUCUGU